AUGGCUACCGCGUUGACAUUGGAAAACACGCCCACGGCAUCCAUUUGGGUGACCAAAUUGGAGGGACGAUCAAUUCCAAAGUCGCGGCCCGAACCGACUACGCGUGGCCACUAUUCCCAUAAUGCCCUCGUGCCCGCUCCUACCUUUGUCAAAGGACCGGCGUUGCACCAGAAACUCCGAGGUCAGCUCCACAACCCCACACCGGACGAAAAGCGGACACAGAGAAUUGUCGUCGUACAUGGCGCAGGCGGUGCAGGCAAGAGUCAGCUAGUGUCAAACUACGUCCAGGAGUAUCGUAGCGACUAUGCAGCGGUCUUCUGGCUCGAGGCGGCGAUGAAGGUGGGCUAA